AUGUUAAGAUUACCUAGUUUUAUCAGACCAGUUGGACGGCAAUUGCGUACAUUUACCACCAGUUCAAGUGGCAAUUGGGCUAAAUCGUCUGGCAGCAGUGAUCAGGAACCACCAUCAUCACCCAAUAAUGAUGAGAAUCCAAUGUCAAGAACUUUUAAUAUUUUAAAAUCGGAUCUAAACAAAUUCACCGAUAAGUUUAGAAGCAAUAAAUCCAGCACCCCGACAUCUUCCGUGGCGGAAGAAGUGAGUGAUGCCGAGAAGUUGAAACGUUUUGAAGGUGACCACCAUGGUGCGGGUGGUGCUGAAGAUAUUUUCCAAACCCAUUGUGAUGUUUUGGUUAUUGGUGGUGGUGGUGUCGGCUCCUCGGUGGCCUAUUGGCUCAAGCAAAGGGCCAGGGAUGGUCUAAAUGUUGUCGUUGUGGAAAAAGACUCAACGUAUGAACGUGCCUCUACAGUCUUAUCAGUUGGCGGUUUACGCCAACAAUUCUCCCUGCCGGAAAAUAUACAAAUGUCUUUGUAUGGUGCAGAUUUUAUGCGGGAUGUAAAGGAGCAUUUGGGUGAUGAUGUUGAAUUGAAUUUCACACCGCACGGUUAUCUGGUGCUGGCCUCCGAGGAAGGUGCUGAAACAUUGACGCGCAAUUCGAAAUUACAAAAUGAAUUGGGUGCCCGUAAUGAAUUAUUAAAUGCCAAUCAAUUGAAAGCAAAAUUCCCUUGGAUCAAUACAGAGGGUAUUGUUUUGGGUUGCCAUGGUCUGGAGAAAGAAGGCUGGUUCGACCCUUGGGCCCUGCUGAUGGGCUAUAAAAAACGUGCCAAACAAUAUGGUGCUCAUUUCGUAAAUGGCGAAGUUGUCGGUUUUGAAUUGAAGGAACAACCCGAUAUAAUUGUACGAGGCAAUACGGAAGGUGAUUAUCAGGCUUUGGAUAAGGUGGUCAUAAAAAUGCCCGAUGGAGAGACAAGGACCAUUAAAUUUGCCAUUUGUGUUUUGGCUGCUGGUGCCUUUUCAGGACAUAUUGCCCGAAUGGCAAAUAUUGGUAUGGGCAAAGGCUUAUUGGCUUUCCCUCUACCAGUAGAACCCCGGAAACGUUAUGUAUAUGUUAUAAAUACACAAGGCCAAAAUGCUCCCGGUUUGGGUACCCCCUUAACUGUGGAUCCAUGUGGUACAUAUUUCCGACGUGAUGGAUUGGGUGGCAACUAUUUGUGUGGUCGCAGUCCGACAUAUGAGCAAGAACCCCCCAUCGAUAAUCUUGAUGUGGAUCAUGAAUAUUUUGAAACAGAUAUCUGGCCAAGUUUGGCAAAUCGCUGUAAAGCCUUUGAAUCCGCCAAAGUGGUGAAUUGUUGGGCUGGCUAUUAUGAAUAUAAUGUAUUCGAUGAGAAUGGCAUUAUCGGAGCUCAUCCAUAUUAUAAUAAUAUGUUGAUUGCCACCGGUUUUAGUGGUCAUGGUAUACAACAAACCCCGGCGGUGGGUCGAGCCAUAUCGGAGCUGAUUAUUGAUGGACAAUUUCGUUCAAUUGAUUUGUCCCGGCUAGGGUUUGAUCGUAUUGUCGUGGACCGGCCAAUGUUUGAGACAAAUAUUGUUUAG